CGGACCAAACUCUCCUGGCGAAACCCAUCACACCUCUCUCUUCCCUGUUCUACUUGUCCCUACCAAAGCCUAUAACUAGAAAGAAAAUUAAAUGACAGCAAAAGGACCGGUUAACGUUAAAGCAAUAGAACCAACGCCGGUUGGACCCGGACGGCACUCUCCAUUGCAUUCACCUCUGCCUUACUUGUUUGGUGGUCUGGCAGCCAUGUUAGCUUUGAUUGCUUUUUCUCUCUUGAUUCUCGCUUGCUCUUACCGGAAGAAAUCUAGUGUCACAGGAGGAGGCGAAAGAGACCUCGAGGCCGGAGAUGUAGGCCAUAAUAACGGCGACGGCAAGAAACAACAAUCUGCAGCUUUUGAAGAGAAUAUAUUGGUGAUAAUGGCAGGCCAAGCAAAUCCAACUUUCUUAGCUUCGCCAGUUUCUAGAAUCAAGAGCUUUUCUUAUAAUAAGGAGAGUGAGAAAACAGAUAUUGAUGGUGGUCUUGGUCUUGGUCUUGGGGUUUGAGAUAGUGAAACAGGUAAGUGGUGAUCAAGAACAGAGUGAAACCCAUGAAUCUUCAGAUCAAACCCACUGUUUAUUUUCCUUUAAAAUUUUGGCUUUUUUUUUUUUGGAACAUUAGAGAACUCUGUUGUAGUAUAUGGAGCUUGCAUGUUUGUUUCAUAUUUACUUUCUUGUUUUUUGUUUAUUUUUUAUUUCUUUUUGGUUUACAAAUAGGAAAAUGUAAACUUUCUAUUAAGAUUUAAUGCAGAAGA